GAAAUGUCUGAUAAACAAGGUUCUAAUCCAAAUUCAAGAACUCCAUCACCAACAAAACUUUAUUAUUACACAGAUAAUGAAGGAUGGACUGAACUAGAUCCAAAUAUACCGUUGUCACAACAACCUAUCGGUGGAACAUGGGUAUCAGUUGAAGAGGAUACAGAUGGACAUGGGAACAGGCGUGCUAUGCAUAUAAAAACCUCUGUAAAACAUGACAUGAAUAAACCUGUUCGUCAACAAGGUGUUAUGGUGACGACAAAUUUAACACCAGAAGACAGUUCUGGUCAACAAUCACCAGUACAAGCGAUUGUCUUUCAAACUAAUCAACCGCUGACUAAGAUUACUAUUCCAACAGACGUACAAAUAUGUCCACAAGGAUCAGAUAAUCCAGUCAAAACAAUUGGUGAAUUACUCUCAUCUCAUCCAAUACCUGGUAAAAAACCGUCAUCAAAUGAACCAACAUCAACAAAUCAGAAUUUUCAUGAGGAUAACAAUGACAGUCAUACAAACUGUAAUAAUAAUAUAAUAAUAAUGAUAUAAUUCUUAUGGAGGGAAGACUAUCAGGAGUGCUGGACACAAAUAAUUCUAACUGUUCUGUGUAUCCAGUGUUGUGUCAAGUCAACUGUAAUCAUCAUCUAAUGAAUAGUCGACCUAUAUAUCAUCAUCAUCAACAUCAUCGUGUGAAUAACAAUGUCAAACAACGCCAGUGUAAUACAACCUUCAAUUGUUCUUCACAUCCUGUAUUCAAUAAUAAUGGUGAUUCAACUCAAGUAUUACAAUCAGAAACAGUAGACCGGAAUCCUGUGAAACCAUUUUUAAUAACUUCUGCAAGACAAAGAAAUCAAAUUGGAAGAAAAAGAUCCUACUUCAAGUCGAGUAGAAUACAACAACAAAAGAAGAAGAAGGUAGGCAGGAGAAUGCCUUCAACAACUGUCGACCGUUUAUACCAUCUGAUAACUGCAAGCAUAACGCAACACACAGCAUACAGAGAAUGUGAAUAUAAUCCACAUUCAUUCUGUUGUCGUCCAUCUCAACGACAAAUAGAACAACCAUUGUUACAUCAACAGUGUAAUUUUACAGCGCCAAUAAUUCAGAGCAUCCCAUUGGACCGGAUCAGUGAACAAGCGUGCAACUGUCAUUGUUAUCAUCAUAACUGUUGUAAUUGUCAAUAUUCUUAUCCUCAAUUCAAUGACCAACAUCAGAAAUGCUAUGGAUAUCAAGAAAGACAUAACAAUUCAUAUCAUAAGAAAAGUAUUAGUAUUAGUAGUAGUAGUAGUAAUAGUAGUAUAAUUAGUAAUGGCAACACUUUAUCCAUGAAUGGCAGUGACAAUAGCAGCGCAAACAGUGUAACAAGUGAUGACAGCGGUAAUCGUAGUAAUAAUAGUUAUACUAAAUCAGUUAGAAAUAAAAAUGCUCAAAUUAAUUUACGCCUAGUCGGUAGUAGUAGUAGUAAGCAAUCAGAUCGGCAAAAUUAUCCAAUGAAAUUUAUUAAACAAUUAGUUAGAAAUUGUAAUUCUGAUCAUAUUCCUAUUGUAUUAAAUGUGAAUGUACCAAAAACUAAGUCAAAUUACUCGAAAAUGUCUAAAAACCCGCCCAAGGACACUGAUGAUAAUGAUGAUGGUAAUAAUUAUGAGAGGAAAAAACAAUCAACCAAAAGAUUACAACAAACUGAAUGCAUAAAGGUGAACAGGUUAGCUAAAGAUUCACCGAAAGAAAUGAAUCAGUCCAAGAAGAAUCCACAAUAUUCACCAACCGCUUAUGCUAAAGAAUCACCUCACUGCAAAGUAACUAAACAUAAAGGCAAAUUGAGUAGAUUACCUUCUGACACUGAUGAUAAAGACGAUAGCCAGUCUUCUCGUCAAAAGAAUUAUUCUAAGCUAUUCAAGAAUUUAAAAUGUAAAAAAUCUGUUAAUAGUCAAACUAAGCAAACAAAGCCUCAUAAAAUUCAUUCUAGUGACGCUGAAGACAUGUUGAUGAAUGAGAAGAGCGUAGAUGAAAUGACAGAGACUAGUGAAUCAGACAGAAUUCCUGUGAAAUUAAAUAAUAGUAAAACAGUUAAACCACAGGAUGAAUACAACUCAUCAAAAGAUAAUUAUAUUCGUAGACCUACUAGUUCAACUGGUAUAAAACAAAGUCCCAAACUGGAUGCUUUGAUAAAAUCUUCCAAAAAAGACAAGAAUAUUGAUAUGUAUUGUAAAAUUACACCGUCAAAGCAAUCUGGCAUGUCAAAUCAAUUGCCGAAACAUAUUCUAUGCAAAAUUAAGUAUUUCAACAAGUGUGAAAAUCAGACAAGAACAAGUCGAAGAUUAAAUUGUCUUAUUGAUGAAGAUCCACAUGAUGGAGAUAGUAAAGCCAGGGGAGAAUAUUAUGCCUCAACUGAUGAAACUAGACGUUCAUCAACUCAACAAUCAAGUGGUAGUGAUUCAAGAGAUUCAAUUCUCACUUGUUUUGUUAAAGCAGCAUCAAAGCAUGUAGAAAAUGAAAUUGAUAAUAAUAUGCUGUUUAAUAAAUUCAAAUUUAUUUCAGAUUCUGAUGAACAAUAG